CGCAAACUCCUUCAGUUUUCAAGUUGACUUGCUAUAUCUUACAUCUCAGUACAAAUCGUCAAACAUCGGUGGCAGCGAAAUGCUUUUGAAGGAGAUUGCUAACUUCAUAUUUUUAAAUUCAUUAUUGUGGUUGCUUGUUAAAGGGGAUACCAAUGAAGAUAUAGAUGUGCUUCUUAAAGCAAAUAAAGAAAUUUCUAAUCCUUCUACAAAUGACGAAAUUGAAUUUAAUCAGCAAAGAAAAAAGUUAGAAGAUGCCAAACAACUAAACACGGACGCGAGAAAAGAAGAUGCUAUUAAAGAAUUUAAUGCUUACCAAAGUGAGAGAGAUUUUUUAAAGGAACAAAUUAGUGCACUUAUACCAAAGGCUGGGAACGUAGUUGACCUUACAAAUAUUUUGCAGCACGCUUUAGAUGGAAGUAAUAGAGUGAAAGAAUUUGCUGUAGAAUUUGUUGAAGAACAAUUAAGUAAGGCUGGGCAGGCCAGUAGUGCAUCAAAUACUACUUCCUUUACUUCCAUUGAUAGCCUCCUUGACGCCAUAUCAAAAUGGGCACAAUCAGGAGGUAUUACAUUUUCGCCGAAUUUACACAAUCAAAUAAAUACCUACAAUCCAAUUUCAUCGCAAGCCAACGAUAAUGCCAAUUACAAUGAAGAACUAAAAAAACUACUGAUAAUGCUGCUCAAAAAAUGGGAAUCUCUUAAUAACGACACAGAUGACGACUGGUUCAAUUUGUUCGAGUGGUUUUAGAAGUCAGCAGAAACUACUUCAAAAUUGUCUAUAUAUACAGCUACUAUAUUGUUUUUUUAUUUACAAUAAUUUGCUUUAUGGUGCUUUUAUAACUUGCAUCAUAUUAUAA